AUGCCUGCCUUCAAAAAGUUCUCAGCUUCUGCUGUUGCUGCUAUGUCAGUAGUUCUCCUCUUCUCCAAUGUGCUUGCUCUUUCUAGUAACCCUACAAUUACAGCUUCUCCAGCAGUCUUGCCAGAUGUAACUGCACCCAAUAUGUCCUCUUUCUUCCCUGCUCCAUCUGACCAGUGGCCUCUAAAUUCUGCAGAUCCUCCAGUACCAGAGGCAUUGGCACCUGUGCCCAGCUCAGGUGAGUUUAUAGGGAAGAGCUCCUCUGGUUCAGCAAAGCUCAGUGGUCAUAGUGCCUUAUUUGGUGUAGGAAUUUGUAUCAUUUUGAUUUAG